GUCCACAAUCAUGAAGUCUGUAUUACCAAUUGCUUUGCUCAUUGCCGUAGCCGGUGGAAAAUCCCCUCCAAGAAGUAGAAUAAUGAACGGUGACGAAGCUACAGCCGGUCAGUUCCCUCACCAAGUAUCGUUGCACCUCAUAUUUGGGGAACAAACAAUGCAUUGUGGAGGAUCUCUGAUAUCCCAUCGCUACAUCCUGACCGCGGCCCACUGUCUGAAUCAAUCCGAAGGAGGUUUUGCCCUGAUAGGAGCUCACAACCGAGAGGUGGAAGAGGAUUUCAGAAUAAGCGUGGAGUUCAGUCCGACUGAUUACAACAUUCACGAAGACUAUUUUCCGAUUUCUAUGAGAAACGACAUCGCUACUCUGCGACUUCCAGUUGAAGUUUCGUUUUCCAGCUACAUCCAACCGGUGCACCUUCCACGAUGGUCGGACGGAGAUUUCGCAGAUUACACGGGAACCAUUGCUGGAUGGGGACAGUAUCAGGAUCCCUCAACCGGUUUGUCCGAUGUGCUGAAUUACAUAACCAAUCCUGUUUUUAGCAACGAACAGUGCCAGGAACGCUUCGCCAUACCGAAUUUAAUUGAAGACCAAAAUGUGUGCAUGUCCGGAUCCGAUGGUAGAUCCGCCUGUAUUGGAGACUCCGGAGGACCGGUUACGGUACAAGACGGACCAAAUACGGUUCAAAUUGGAGUGUUUUCUUUUGGGCCCGCAUCGCAUUGCCUAAGUGAAAUUCCUAUUGUUUGUGCACGAGUCAGCCACUUUUUGGAUUGGAUUCAAGCCAACAGCGAUGUCAUAAUUGAAAUGUGAUUAA